CGGCUGCUGGACUAGCGGAGCCGAGUCCAGGAAGAUUGAGUUUGUUUUUUUUUAAACUUGCAGAAACCUGCUAAAGCAAGUUGCCAAAAGUUUCUAACAACUUUGGAAAGAGUUGGUGAAAAGUUUGUGAAAAGUGGGAAAGUUUCUAAAAAAAAGUUGUGAAAAUUGUGAGUUUGUGGAAAGUAUCUAGAACGGUUUGUUAAAGUGAGCAAGUGUGUAACAAGUUGUUAUAAAGUUCGUGAAAAGUUGUAGGAAAGUUUUAUAAAGUGAGAAAGUUUGUAAAAAGUUGCGAGAAAGUUCUUGAAAAGUGGGAAAGUUGAUGGAAAGUUACAGAAAAGCUGGUUACAAGAGAGAUUACAAAAAUAAAGUUGAGAAAGUUGGUGAAAAGUUUGUUAAAAGUGAGAAAGAUUGUGCUAAAGUUGUUGGAAAGUUUAUGGGAAGAUUGAGAAAAGUUUGUUACAAGUGAGAGGUUGUAAAAUGUAAGAAUGUUUAUGGCAAGAAGUAGGAAUUCGUGAGAAGUUGCGGGAAUGUUUGUGGGAAGUUGUGGGAGUGUUUGCGGGAAGUGAGAGAGUCUGGCAAGUUUGUGAGCAGCUUUGGGCGGCAGCGGGCCCUUUAACUGGGGGCGGGCCGGGUCCCGGCCGCGGGAGGAGGGUCUCGGAUCUCCGUCCCGGCCCGGACACUCUGACCUUGGCCGCCGCCGGGAUGGUGGUGCGGAGCGGACUGGUGGAGGUGCGGGGCCCCGAGCCCGAGCCCGAGCGCUGGCGGCGGCUCCUCGCCUCCCUGUCCGAGGACUCGCUGCAUCUGAGCCCGGCCGGAGCCGCCCUGAGCAACGGCGAGCCGGAGCCCUCUCCCCCCGGCACCGAGCCCGGGCCCGGCCGCCAGCGCAGUGUCCGCAUCGUGAAGCAAGAGGCGGGCGGGCUGGGCAUCAGCAUCAAGGGCGGCCGCGAAAACCACAUGCCCAUCCUCAUCUCCAAGAUCUUCCGCGGCCUGGCCGCCGAGCAAAGCCGCCAACUCUAUGUGGGCGACGCCAUCCUGGCCGUCAACGGCACCGACCUACGCGAGGCGUCCCACGACCAGGCGGUGCAGGCGCUGAAGAAGACGGGCCGGGAGGUGGUGCUGGAAGUGAAGUACCUGAAGGAGGUGUCCUCCUACUUCAAGGCCUCAUCACCAGGGACCCCCCCAGCCUGGAGCCCCCCCUCAGGCCCCGGCGAUGGCCCCACCGACCCCCCCUCACCGGGGGCACUGCCCGGCGACAACGACACCCAGACCGAGCUCAGCUUCCCACUGGAAAUGUGUUACAUCCGCAGGAGAAUCCAGCCCCCAGAUACGGAAAACAGGUACAUUGAGCUGCUGAGUGCCGAUGGGCAGCAGUCGGUGUCGCUGCGGCUGAGGGAUGGGCCCACGGCACAGUCCUGGUUCACCGCUCUCCAUGGUAACGCCACCGGGCUGCUGGCCCGCUCCACCGCCGGGCUACGGGCACUGGGGGGGACGACCGCCCGGCACCUGGGCUGGCUCACCGAGCAGGUGGCGGGGCAGGAGGAGCGGCCUGUACUAGCCCUGCUCACUGACAAGGAGCUGCUGCUGUACAGCUGUUUGCCUCGCACCCGGGAACAGCUGGAUAACCCUGACUCCCGGCACCCACUCAUCGCCACCAGGCUGGUACACUCGGGCCCGGCUAAGGGGCCACAGCUGGCAGACCCCGACCUGUCGUUCGUGCUGAGGGCCGGCACGCGGCGCGGAGUGGACAGCCGCCUCUUCACCACGGCAACCGCUGCCGACCUGGGCCUGUGGAGCCGGCUGCUGGUGGACGGCUGUCAUGGUGCAGCCGAGCAGCUCCAGGAGGUGAUCACCGCGUGCUCGUGGUUGGGCCAGGACUGCCAGCUGACCGUACACCUGGACCGGGGCUUCACCAUCUCGCGAGUGGGGGAGCUGGGCCGGAGCCUGCCUCUGAUCAGCCAGCCCUUUGAGAGACUGCGCAUGUCCUCCGAUGAUGGCGUCCGGCUGCUCUUCCUCGACUUCGGGGGGCCCGAGGGAGAGAUCCAACUGAACCUGGAGUCCUGCCCCAAGACCAUUGUGUUUAUCAUUCAUUCAUUCCUGUCCGCCAAGGUAACCCGUCUGGGCCUGAUGGCCUAGCCCGGCCCCAUGCCCUCUGCCCCCCUGCUGGGCAGAGAGAGGAAGCCAUUGUGAAGGAGAAUCGUGCUGGGUCUUGCCCGCCACUAACGCCGCUGCAGUUACUGAUGCCACGUUUUCUCAAGACAAUGACGUUAAAGUCGCCGUUUUCUCUUGUAUCCGCAUUAACUCUGCCCUCUGCACUUCGCUAACACUGAAUGUUUUGAGGCGGGAAUGGCCGGGGAUGUUUGAGGUCCUGGCUUCAGUCACCGACGCAUUUACACCCCGUGGACAGUGAAAGGUUCCCAGCGCCCUCACGGCCCAGAGCAACCACACCGUCUGCCAGCGUGAGACAUUGCCAACUGGCCCCACUCGGUCAGACUAGGCCCCAGCCCUGUGUCUAUGGCCCGCAGGCUAGGCCCCAGGCCUGUGUCUAUGACCCGCAGGCUAGGCCCCAGGCAUGUGUCUAUGCCCCGCAGGCUAGGCCCCAGGCAUGUGUCUAUGCCCCGCAGGCUAGGCCCCAGGCCUGUGUCUAUGGCCCGCAGGCUAGGCCCCAGGCCUACCACACACACAUACUGUCAGCUGGUGAGGGUGAAGGGUUUCCUGGCUGUGGAAGGUUCUGGAAGGAUCAGCUCGUUGUCUGGCUCUGAGUAUUUUAAUGAAACCCCCACCCCCCCUCACUCUAUGUCCCUGGAGGACAGAAUGUGCAAACUGUCGCUAGGCCAACACAAACCCAGGCAAUAAACCCUAAUGGCCGUAACUGUUUGUACUUUGCCACCGCUUGGCCUGGAGCUCAUGCUGCGGUGGGAGUGAGGCCUAACGGCUGCUGAAGCCUGCAGGCCGUGUUGGUGCCAAACCAAGUCACCCAGUGGGGAGGGAAACCACAGGCAGAGGCAGUGGUACCACUACCAGCCCCCGCCAAACUUUGCUACAAGCCUUAUUCCCCAUCUCCCUCUACUGCUCGCCUCUCAACCCUUGCCCUUCCUCAUAGAACAGUACAGCACAGGAACAGGCCCUUCAGCCCACAAUACCUGUGCUGAACGUGAUGCCAAGACCAACUCUUGCCUGCCUGCACGUGAUCCACAUCCCUCCAUUCCCUGUAUACCCACGUGCCUAUCCAAAAGCCUCUUUAACCACUAUUGUAUCUGCCUCUACCACCACCGCUGUAAAAAAAAUGUUUUGACUGGUUCUGACUGUCUACUCUUUCUAUGCCUCUGAUAAUUUUAUAAACAUAUCAGGUCUCCCCAUAACUGACACUCCAGAGAAAACAUUCCCAGUGUGUCUAACCUCUCCCUGUAGCUGAUUCCCUCUAAUCCAGGCAGCAUCCUGGUAAACCUCCUCUGCACUCUCUGCACCCUACCUAUGAUUGGGUGACCAUCCUGGGGAUGGGUGGAAGAGGGGUCAAAGCCCAGAGCAGAUAUUUCACGGACACAAAGAACUGCAGGUGUUGGAAUCUGGAGCAAAAUACAAAGUGCUGGAAGAACUCAGCAGGCCGGGCAGCAUCUGUGGAGGGAAUGGAUAGAAGAUGCACGUUGAUCAUCCCCCUGCCUCCACGGACCCACUGAGAUCCUACUUCAGUUGUUUUGUUGGGGGGCAGUCGAUGUAGACUCGAUGGAAACCCCAAGUGUUCAGAAGGAAUGCAGGAGGGUCUGGAUGGGCUGAACGGCCUGGGUGCUAUCUGUUGUGGGAGGGGAGCGACUGACUCACGGGAUGGUGGGGACGAGAGGGACCGGGAAUGAUUCCCAUGGUGUCCCCAAGUCUGUACCUCGCCUCCAGCUUUGUACAUUGUAUCCUCACUAAUUUAAUACUGAGCUUUGCUGUAAAUACCUCACAUGUGGAAUUAAACCAGACUUCAUAAUCC